AGGUGUACAGGCUCGACCUGUGCGAGGGCCGCUUCUAUGCGCCCCUGGAUACUGCCUCUCCAGCCAUAAAUGCCUGUGGAUGGUCCUCGGCACAUGGAUUGUUUGGCUGUGCUGGGUCUGGGGGUCUGCUGGAGUGCUUCGACCUGAGGCAAAGAAAACAUGUUGGCCAAGUUGAUGCUGCGGCAGUCGCUGGGGCACCAGGUGCUGAACUGACAUCCCUGUGUUUCGACGACAUGGGCCUGCAAGUCGCUGCUGGCACCAGCACAGGCUGCGUGGCCCUUUUUGACCUCCGGUCACCAAGGCCCCUCCAAGUCAAAGACCACAUGUAUGGUUCCAAAAUCUUGGAUAUCAAAUUCCACUCCUCAACUGGUGGCAUUGGAGGCCUUGGGGGCAGCAAGCGAGUCAUCAGCUCAGACUCCCACAUCAUAAAGGCCUGGGAGGUGGACACGGGGGAGAUGUAUGCCAGCAUUGAGCCAGAAUGCGGCAGCAUCAAUGAUGUAUGCGUGUGGAAAGACAGUGGGCUGUUCAUGGUUGGCUGCGACCAGCCCAAGAUUGAGGUAAAUGGCUACCAGAUCAACAGAUCGGCAGAUUUCAUAAGGUUUGGUUUCUUUAUAUCCAGGCUGUGGGGCAUCUGUGGCAGUGAGCUGUAUGAACACAAGUGA